CUGGUGAAAGUGGAGUUUAAUGGAUGAGGAAGGGAUAUUUCUCAAUCCGCACAUUAGUUAACUUUGCCAAGUAGUAGUGUCCCUUAACCGAAAAACGAUAAUGCCUUUAUUUGCGCAAAAUCCAUUCGACCAGGAUGUGGAGAAGGCGACGAACGAAACCAACACCGUCGAAGACUGGGGUCUCAUUAUGGACAUCUGCGACCGCAUUGGGACGACACCCAACGGUGCUAAGGACUGUCUCAGGGCGAUCAUGAAGCGGGUCAAUCAUAAAGUCCCACAUGUGGCCAUGCAAGCUCUAACUUUGCUGGGCGCAUGUGUGUCAAACAGCGGCAGAAUUUUCCACCUGGAAAUCUGCUCCCGAGAUUUCGCCAGCGAAGUGCGCAGCGUCUUGGCAAGGGCCCACCCCAAGGUCAGCGAGAAGCUGAAGGCUCUCAUGGUGGAGUGGAACGAUGACUUCCAGAAAGAUCCGCAGCUCAGUCUAGUCGGCGCCACCAUCAAAUCCCUGAAGGAGGAGGGCGUCACCUUCCCCUCAGGGAACUCUCAGAGUUCUAGUGCGAAGCCCAGCAGUACCCCCGCUCCCACCAGAGCUGCAGAUGAUGAUGACCUGGCUAAGGCCAUUGAGCUGUCACUGCAGGAGCAGAAGCAGCAGGUGGAGACGCGGCCCCUCACCUUCACCGCUGACCCCCCCUACAACGUCAACGGGGGCAAGGAGUCCCGCAAGGUGCGCGCCCUCUACGACUUUGAGGCGGCGGAGGACAACGAGCUGACCUUCAAGACCGGGGAGCUCAUCAUCAUCCUGGACGACAGUGAUCCAAACUGGUGGAAGGGGGAGAACCACAGAGGAGUCGGUCUGUUCCCCUCCAACUUCGUCACAACCAACCUCAACGCUGACCCUGAACCAGUGGCGUAUGUGGAGAGUGCGGCGGCAGCAGCUGAGGAGCCCAGUGUGGAGAUCAGAGCAGAGCCAGAGCCCGUCUUUAUAGACGAGGAGAAGAUGGACAAAACCCUUCACCUCCUCAACAGCACAGACCCAGCUAGCAUGGACCCAGACAGCCCCGAACUGGUCACAUUGGAAGGUGCCUGCGAACAGAUGAACCCCCUGAUUGACGAGAAACUGCAGGAGAUUGACAGGAAGCAUUCUGAGCUGUCUGAGCUGAACGUGAAGGUGCUGGAGGCCUUAGAGCUCUACAACCAGCUGAUGAACGAGGUGCCCAUCUACUCGCCUUACAGCAAGAUGCAGACACACUACCAGCCAUCCAUGCCCAUGCAGGGCUACCCAGGCCAGUUACCACCAGGUGGCUACAUGCCCGCUUCCCUCCCCCAGGGCCACCACCCCACAACAUCAGCAGCAGCAGUGGGACCAGCAGGUGUACCAGUAGCGGCUCAGGGCUACAGCAUGGCUCCCCCUGCCCCUCAAGACCAGCCCGCCUCCCUCUGCUCCAUGCCGGCCCCCGUCAGCGCCCCCGCCACCAGCCAGCCUGGCCCCCAGCCCCACUACAUCAGCAGUCACAUGAGCGGUCCCUACAUGAACCCGGGUCCCGGAGGCCCCUCCCCUUACCCGGCACAGGUGGGCAUGGCCAUGGACAUGUCAGCCUAUCAGAACGCUAGCCACGGCAUGCCUGGCCCCUCCUACCCGGUGGCUGGGCCGGCCCACCCCAGUGCCCAGCCUCAGCCUGCAGCCUUCUACCAGCAGCCUCUGCUCUAAGGCAGCAGCGCAACAUUAUCACCUCAGACGCCUCACCUCACCCCUCAGACUGCGUCUCCAUGUCCUUGUCCAUGUCCAGUCCAACAGACCAUCAACCAACAAACCAACCAGCCCCACCACGCCUCUGUUAGUUUGGCUGAAUGAGUACUGUAGUCUCCUCUGGUCUCUCUCUCUCUCUCUCUCUCUCUCUCUCUCUCUCUCUCUCUCUCUCUCUCUCUCUCUCUCUCUCUCUCUCUCUCUCUCUCUCGACAUGGGUCUCUGCUUUCCCCCUCCACCUUCCCAAGCUCCAUCCGAUCACGGUGGCCAUGACAACGAAAGCGCUCUCAAGACGACGACGAAACGUGGGAAUGGACUCUUGAAGGACGAUGGUUUGAUGAAGGCACAGCUAUCAGUGUGAUCAUGUCCUGACACAAGGGUUUUUUUGUUUUUUUUUGUUUUUUUGUGUGUGUUACCAAAUCACUUGGUUGCUGAAGCAACCGAAAUGCGUUCCGAUACAAAAUCUUUGUAGUUAGAGAAUGUUCCAUUCUACUGUAUGUGUGGCCAUACAUCAUAGGAGAACCAGUAGCAUUGGACGCUUUUUCCACCACAGGAACUCUGGGCCAUUUUAAUUGUAGGGUUGGUAUUGCUGCACAGUCAUCACAGUCCCUGUCUCCUAAUAAGCAUGUCUUUCAUGGACUUGAGGUAUACUGCUGAGUGCUGCACCGUAGGUAGGCAUACCCUACUAAGACAUACUCACAAGUAAUGGUAGAUGGGUAAACGCCACAAUUUGACAAUAACAACCAUCAUUUUUGUAAUCAGUUUCAGAUAAACUAUUCAAGGCAGCGGAGACAAUAACAGCAGGUUGUUCGGUAGCAUGAGGGAGGCACAGUCAGGUCCCCCUGCUGCACAGUGGAAACAAAGUCGGAAAGGAGGCGUCUAGGGGGUUAUCAUCCUGGUAAACAACCUGGUUCACCAGGGAGAUUAUUAGCCAGAGUUCCUGCAGUGGAAACAACACCUAUUUUCAGCCAGUUGUGCUCCCCACCAGCACCAUCAAUAGCACCAUCAUCAAUUUCUGGUCGUUCCUCACAAGACACUAGCUGGGGUCCAAAGGGGGUUUCUGGGAUACCGUGGGACUAGUCUGACUAGAGGCUGCAAUCACACGACAACGGAUUGACGUCAUCUGCUGGAAGGUUAGCUGUGACGCUUCCUCAGUUUGAAGGAAGCUAAACAGCGCUGAAUGUUGUGGUGUUUUUCACGCAGAUGACUGACCUCUUUGUUUUAUUGUAAUUAUUAUUAUUAUUAUUAUAUGAGAGAUUAUGAAAAAGUUUAUUUAAAUGUCACUUCUCCGUACAGUUAUGUCUCUGAAAUGAAUGUCACAUUUUUGUUUUCUCUCCCGUUUGCUGUAAUAUAGAUGAUGCUCUUACUACUUUUGUGCAGGUUUAUGUUUUAUGUAGUUUUAUUUGGAAUUCACACGCUUUUAAUCUUUUUUUUUAUUUCUAUUUCAGCAAGCUUAAAUGUGAACCAUUACCAAAAUGCUUUUCUGCUUAUUGUUCGUUUCUUUUUUUGUCUUUCUUUUUCAUUUCUCUGUUGACUACAAGUGGCAAGUUUCUCCACCAAAGUGUACUUUUUCUUUUUUCUUUUUUCCCUGUCAGUUGAAAGGUGAACAUGUUUGACCUCCUGACUGAAAUGUACGCCGUACAUAUUACAAACCCCCCUCCCUUUGUCCUCUGAGGUUCAUUUUCUAAUCAGUCACACCGACGGACAUGACAGACUCGGCCCCUUUAAUCCGCUUUUAGCUGGCGCUGGUGUUUCUAUCAUGGGGGAGUGGGACUUGCUCAGGGUGUGAGGGCGGGAGCUUGGUAGGGGGUCCGACUGCGGAAGAGAGGAGACCGUCACCCGACGGACACUCAGCCACAAUCUACAGAUUCACAAUCCAGUGUGCCAGCACACUUGGCAUCGAGCGAGGGUUCCAGAAGCAAUUCAUGCCUAUGAUUUUUUUUUUUCUUAGGCUUAGUUGUCAAGUAUGUAGGCAAAGACUUCAGAGACUUAUCAAUGUGGAUGUGUGUUUGUUUGUGUGAUUGUAUGUGGGUGGUUGUUGUUGUGUGCUUAUGUGUUCUUUUCAUGACAAGUGUGGCUUCGAACGCAGUUCCACACUGAAAAAAUACUCUUGUUUCUCACUGAGAGGACUUCUGGGAGGUUUUUUUGGAAGACAGUUGUGGUCAGUGAGUUUGGCAGGCAUCGCUAAGCUUCUGUGGUGAUGCCCCCUAUGUAUCAUAACUUGUAUUUUAUCUGGGUUGUUCAUUAUUAUCUUUAUUGGAUCGUUUCACCUAUGUAAUAUAUAGUCUUGUAUGUAGAGUUGGAUUUGGGGGGGGAAAAACGUACACUUAGGUCACAUUGCAACACAGCAAUCUAAUCAUGAGGCUGCUGGUGUAGAAACAUGGGAAACAGUAGUUGAUGAAAUCUCAGAUUAAAAUACUGGAUUUUUUUGUACAAAAUCAGUAGUGCAGUUAGUGCACUAUGUCAGGGGUGCUACUUCUCCUACAACUGGGUCACACAGAUUUGUUGAUUGGAUUUUUUUUCUCUCUCUCUCUCCAUGCCUUCAUGGAUAUAUUUUAAGACCCAACACAUUUGGGGAAUGACACAUUUUUUUCCUUCAGUCCAGCUGGAUAAGAUUAUACUAUGAUGAUGAUGAUGACACCGAUGACAAGUAAUGAAGAAACAUCUUUAUUUUCUUAUACUGCCUCUUUGCAAGAUGUAUAAUAGAUGUAAAGAAAAAAAACCUGGGAUUAUCUUUAUUGCACCUUAACUUUAUAAAUAAUGAUUUACCACCGAAUGCCUUGUUUUCACAAUGGAUGGUAUGAGGAGAGGAGGAGACAAUAGUUCAAAGGAAAUUCAGUUGGAAAGCUGCUGUUGAACAAUAACUGUAUUGCAUACCAUGAAUCAAAUGUGUCGCUGGGGGGGUCCUGACCAUUUAACAAGUAAGAUCACUUUUGUAAUAUUCUUCCUCUACUUCCUGCAUUUGUCAUUUUUAAAGUUAGUUUUGUAACACAACUUAACGCUUUCCAAAUAAAAAGAAACAAUGGCAUGUG